UUACCAGACAUAAGCGAAACAAUAACAGUUGGUGGGCUGGUUUGCGCUCAGGUCCAGGUUAAGUCUUUCAGCGCGUUUUUGUUUGUUUGUUUGUUUAUUUUUGCGCAUCAGACUCUCAGUUCUAUGCAUCCUGCAGCGCAGGAGCAUAACGCGCUCCACUUUUAAUCAGAUUAAGAUUAGUCCUGCGUUUCCUUCGUCCCUACAGUAGCGGUGCAGGAGUGGCCAAAGCCAAAAGCAGCGAUUCAGAUCAGAUUUCACCUAAACCAGCUGGGAGAGAGAGAGAGCUGAGGAGAGGAGAGAAGAGAAGAGCAGAGGGUUUGUCAGUCUCCCUCCUCCCAAAUCCAGAAAAGCUUACCAAGGAAAAAAGGAGGAGUGUCUGCGCGCAGAUAGACGCGAGGAAUCCAGAGGAAUUUCCCGAGGAUAUUUGGUCUUCUUUCCUUCCCCCCUCCCUCCCUUCCUCCCCCCUCUGCACGUCAAAUUAAAAAACAACAACAAGAAGAAAAAGUUGGAGGGGAGGCAGCGGGGACCGUGGUCUGGGAUGGACGAGCAGCCGCGGCUGAUGCACUCCCACGGGGUAGGCAUGGCCGGACACCCCGGCCUGGCGCAGCAUAUGCAGGAUGGCACGGCGGGGACGGACGGAGAGGGAAGGAAGCAGGACAUCGGAGACAUAUUGCAACAAAUCAUGACCAUCACAGACCAAAGCUUAGACGAAGCGCAGGCGAGGAAACAUGCACUCAAUUGCCAUCGAAUGAAACCUGCUCUCUUCAAUGUCUUGUGUGAAAUAAAAGAGAAAACAGUGCUCAGUAUCCGCGGCGCCCAGGAGGAGGAGCCUCCAGAUCCACAGCUGAUGCGACUGGACAAUAUGCUUCUGGCAGAGGGCGUGGCCGGACCAGAGAAAGGCGGCGGGUCUGCAGCCGCUGCUGCCGCCGCGGCAGCCACUGGUGGCGUCGGUGCAGACAACUCGGCAGAACACUCCGACUACCGAGCCAAGCUGUCUCAGAUCCGACAAAUCUACCACACAGAGCUGGAGAAGUACGAACAGGCGUGCAAUGAGUUCACCACCCAUGUGAUGAACCUGCUGAGGGAGCAGUCUCGAACACGACCCAUCUCGCCCAAAGAGAUUGAGCGCAUGGUCAGCAUCAUCCACCGCAAAUUCAGCUCCAUCCAGAUGCAGCUGAAGCAGAGCACUUGUGAGGCCGUCAUGAUCCUGCGCUCUCGCUUUCUGGACGCCAGACGAAAGAGGAGAAACUUCAACAAACAGGCCACAGAGAUCCUGAACGAGUACUUUUACUCCCACCUCAGUAACCCCUACCCAAGUGAGGAGGCCAAAGAAGAGCUGGCCAAGAAGUGUGGCAUCACUGUGUCACAGGUAUCAAACUGGUUUGGAAAUAAGAGAAUUCGAUACAAGAAAAACAUCGGCAAGUUCCAAGAAGAGGCCAACAUGUACGCAGCCAGGACCGCCGUCAAUGCAACCAGUGUGUCGGCUCAUGGCAGUCAGGCCAACUCCCCGUCAACCCCCAACUCAGCAGGUUCUGCUGGCUCUUUUAACAUGUCAAACUCCGGAGACUUGUUCAUGAGUGUGCAGUCCCUCAAUGGGGACUCGUACCAAGGGGGGCAAGUUGGGGCCAACAUACAGUCCCAGGUGGAUACCCUUCGCCAUGUUAUCAGCCAGACCGGAGGAUACAGUGACAGCCUUGCAGCCAGCCAGAUGUACAGUCCGCAGGGCAUCAACGUAAGACCUACAAACGGCGGCUGGCAAGAUGCUCCGACUCCUUCAUCAGUGACAUCGCCAACAGAAGGACCCGGGAGCGUCCAUUCAGAUACUUCCAACUGAAAAUCUCCAUCUCUGCAUCUCAUCCACGAAAAAAGAAAACAAAACAUACUCUGAUGUCGCUCCUCACAGUGUUUAAAACCAAGGAAUUCACUCGCCCACAUUUCGACGAGACCCUGUGAAAUCCUUACCCUGAAACAAAAAUGUUUCUCAGCUUAUGACGUCGGACUUUUGGGAUACAAAUGAGAAGUUUCACAAGAAAAAUCCAAUAACAUUGCAAUCAGCAAAGGGUUUGUACAGCUUUCACAUUAUAAUCCGAGGGCUGGGGUUCCUUAUUCAUUCACUUGUAUUGUUUUCACUCAGUAUGAUGAGAUGAUAAAAUAAAAGUAGAUUACAAAAUAAAAUCAUUGGUUUAACUAAAAAUACUUCAUUCUACCUCUCAGCCACUAAUAAGAGUAAAAAAAAAAUGUCAGUGACCAUUAUUUGUUUUUUGUAAAAAUGAAAUUUUUGUCUUUGCAAACAAGAGGCACAUCUUCUUACAUUUUGUUGUCUCUCACCGACUCUAUGGUACGCCAUUUAGACUUAAAUAUUGCUCAGUUGUUUACAAUGUGUGCUCUAUAAAAGUAUGUUCAUCCUCCCCCUCUGUCCCUGACAAGUCAAAACGGAGUUCUGUCAGGAGAUUUUACCUCUAAGGUAACCCUGUGAAGUAUGUUAUCUGUAAAACAAUGAAAUAAAUACUUCUCGUCAAAUCAGA